UCUCCUAUACCUAAACACAGCAGCGAUAUGCAUUGUGCUCCAUCUGUCAGUAGCCUACCGCGUCUGCACACAGGGAAGAAGAAGCGUGCAUUCACGUGCUGCUGGCGAGGAGAAAAAUAAGCCCGUGUGGUUGACACGUUUACGCGGUGACAGCGAACCCCGUCUCUGCGUGCGUCUUCGGGACUGUCAAGCCGUCCUUUUGUUGCGGUCGGCGGCCCGGUUGCUGGGAAGAAGGAGAGGGAACGAACGGCCGAUUUUGGCCCCUGAGAAACGCGAUCGCUCUGUGGCGAGGGGACAUGCACGACGGACAGGCUCCCUCGCGUACAUCGGCAUAAACAAGCCUCGCGUCAGAAAUCACCCAUUAUUGACGUGGACGGCAGGCGUUUACCUACAAUAGAAGGCCCGAUUGCAAUAAUCCUGCAGCAAUGCCGGGUUUCGACUACAAGUUUCUGGAGAAACCAAAGCGAAGGUUCCAGUGUCCGCUAUGCAGCAAGGCGAUGCGAGAACCCGUCCAGGUCUCUACCUGUGGACACCGAUUUUGUGACACCUGUCUUCAAGAAUUUUUAAGUGAGGGCGUCUUCAAGUGUCCAGAGGACCAGCUGCCAUUGGACUACGCUAAGAUCUACCCGGACCCCGAGCUGGAGCAGCAGAUCCUGGCCCUACCCAUCCGCUGUAUCCACAGUGAGGAGGGCUGUCGCUGGACGGGCCAGAUGAAGCAGCUCCAGGGCCACUUCUCCACCUGCGCCUUCAACGUCAUUCCGUGCCCCAACCGCUGCGCCAUCAAGCUGACGCGGCGCGACCUGCCCGACCACCUGCAGCACGACUGCCCCAAGCGGAAGGUCAAGUGCGAGUUCUGCGGCAGCGAGUUCUCCGGCGAGGCGUACGAGAACCACCAGGGCAUCUGUCCCCAGGAGAGCGUCUACUGUGAGAACAAAUGCGGGGCUCGGAUGAUGCGGCGCCUUCUGUCGCAGCACAGCAUGGCCGAGUGCCCCAAGCGCACGCAGCCCUGCAAGUACUGCGGCAAGGAGUUCGUCUUCGACACCAUCCAGAACCACCAGUACCACUGCCCCCGCUUCCCAGUCCAGUGCCCCAACCAGUGCGGCACGCCCAACAUCGCCCGCGAGGACCUGGCCAACCACGUGAAGGACAACUGCGGCAGCGCCCUUGUCCUCUGCCCCUUUAAAGACGCGGGCUGCAAACACCGGUGCCCCAAGCUGGCCAUCGGCCGGCACCUGGAGGACACCACCAAGUCUCACCUGACCAUGAUGAGCAGCCUGGUGGGCCGGCAGCGCCAGGAGAUCCUGGAGCUGCGGCGCGAGAUGGAGGAGCUGUCGGUGAGCCACGACGGCGUGCUGAUCUGGAAGCUGGGCGACUACUCGCGCAAGCUUCAGGAGGCCAAGCUGCGCAACAACCACGAGUUCUUCAGCCCGCCCUUCUACACGCACCGCUACGGCUACAAGCUGCAGGUGUCGGCCUUCCUCAACGGCAACGGCAGCGGAGAGGGCUCGCACCUCUCCAUCUACAUUCGUGUGCUGCCCGGCGAGUACGACAACCUGCUGGAGUGGCCCUUCUCCUACAAGGUGACGUUCUCCAUCCUGGACCAGAGCGACCCGUCCCUGUCCAAGGCGCAGCACAUCACUGAGACCUUCAACCCCGACCCCAACUGGAAGAACUUCCAGAAGCCGUGCAGCACGCGCAACUCGCUGGACGAGAGCACCCUGGGCUUCGGCUACCCCAAGUUCAUCUCUCACGACGAGAUCAAGAAGAGGAACUACGUGCGGGACAACUCGAUCUUCCUCAAGGCGUCGAUAGAGAUCCCCCAGAAGAUCAUGUCCUAAGGCGCAGGUGUUUUUAUUUUUUUGGGGGUUUCGCUCUUUUUUCUUUGUUAACUGUGAAGGAGUGAGGAGAAGAAAGGGGAAACGGUUUAAGGAUGGGAACUUGAGACACUUCAGCGAACUCUGAAAACACUUUUCUGUAUAAUUGUACACACUUAUCUUUUUAAGACACUUCUUCCUUUGCAGCCGCCCCCUACCCCUCCGCGACGGGGCUCGGAGCGAGUUUGAUUGGCUCUCGCUCGGCCAACCGGAUGACUCUGUCAGAGAACUCGUCUGUUUGGUCUGCGGAGCCGUCACUCUGAUUACCUGUUGUGUUUUUUUCCUUUUUGUACAAAUUUGGUUGAUGUUUUUUUUCAUUAUGUUUUUUUAAAUCUCGAUCUGCAACGAAAAGCCUUCGAUAUCAAUCAGUGCCUCAAGAGUUUAUAUAAGUUAUAUUUCAGUUUUGUUUUUGUUUUUAUCUUAAGCAUUAGCAUCUUUCGCAUCACAGAUUCUAAAGUACUGGAAACACAGAGGCGGGCUUCAGGUAGUUGAAGAAGAAGGGGGGUGAUCGGGAGGCUUUGCACUUAACAGACAACUAUGGACGCCGGAGCAUCUUGAUGUCCGGGACGGUUUCUUUUUUCAAACAACACACAACCACGUGGAGCUCCGACGAACUCUCUCAGCCCUCAACUGCCUUUUGUUUACACACUCUUAUAGUAUAUACUCCCCGCCGAUCCGUUAACACAUUCAAGGAGAAAAAGAGAUUACCGUUCAUAAAUGUAAGUCGUCCGAUUAACAGAGUGUACCCCCCCCCCCCCCCUCCUGUGUGUUGUGCUGCC